AUGGUGCUACCGAACAGCUUCUUCUUCCGAUUCUUCACUUUAUGCUUGAUAUGUGUGCCUUGGGUUAAAAUUAUGUAUAGCAAUGAAGUUGAAAAAUACCCAAUUUCUGGACUAGCUACUGCAAAUAUGAUUGGUGUCGCAAUUUCAAUGUUCAAUUUUUUCUUGCUUGGCAAGAUGCUUGAGGAAAAUCCAAUGAUCUACUACUAUAUUUACAAAGUAUUCAACUGUAUCCUCGAAGUUGCGAGAUCUCAUGCGGCGUUUGUUGGAGUUUUGCUACACAUUAUUAUCACUGCACUUAUAUCGGUUAUUCUAUUUGAUCUCAUCUUUGAAACUAUUUUCAUGAUAAAGUCUGUUAGCCCCUCGGAGGAAGCAAUCAGUUUGUCGAAAAGGCACAAAAUCAUUGUCGUCGCCAUUUUGGAAGCAGUUUCUGUUUUUCAUCCUUAUUUCCUCACUAGAAUUGUUAAUGGAUUGUACAAAAUCGAAAAGGUUAAAGAAAUCGACAGGGUAUACAAGCUCGAAGCUAAAUAUAAGGACUAUCUCAAGGAUCUUAAAGCCUCCGGAAAGUACGAGGCGUUUGUGCCGCCAAAAAUUGAGGAAACUCCUAUCAUGAGACCAAGACACGCCAGGAAGAACCUCCGAAAACAUCAUUCUUAG